UGCAUAACAAGAGUAAAGCAUAAAGGUUGCUUUAUUUGUGCUUAUCGAAGUGCUUCGAUAUCUCGAAAAAUAUAUCGUUCUGUGCCGUAUUGAUAAUUUCCAUUUUAGGAAAUCAUAUUGUUAGCUAGUAUGCUUCAUAAGUCACCACGAAGAUCUUUUCCUGUAAUAAAAUUUUUAAUCAUAUCUGAAUGUUUCUCUUUGAUUGGAUCAGUAGCACUCUGGCAUUACUUAAGUACAUCCCAAGGUUGCAGAUAUUUUGCGUAUAAGUAUUGUCCACUACUGUUGGACGGUUAUUAUAUGCUUGAAAGCAAAGUACGUAACACAAGUACCAGAUUAGAGGAUAUUACACUGUGGCAACAGCAACAAAAUGAAAUUUAAAUCAUAUGAAGUUUGCGAAAAUUCCACUAUUCUCAAUAGGUAGUGACGGCUUAAAAUACUCUUCAGAAAUUGAUGCUCCUUAAGAAAAGUUUUUACCUAAAAGCCUUUAAGUAUAAAAUCCGCAAACCUAUUAUAAUAAACCAUUGGUAAAGAUAAAUUUAUUAUUGAAGACGACAAGUAUAUAACAUACAAAGUUGAAUGAUAUAUAAGACAUAAUUUUAAGAAAGAUAACAUUAAAAGUGCAAUAUGGAUUCUCCUACACUAAUAGAAGGUAGUUUACCAGAUCGUAUUACUAAAAGAGAUCGUGAAAGGAAGAAUAUUAUUGAAAGACGGAGAGAAGAAAGGCAAUCAUUGGCUGUUGAAUCCGAACAAAGUAGUUAUUUUAAAGACACAUUUUAUUCAUCAUGCAAGAAAAUUAAAGAAAUGUUAGAUGAUGCACCCAAUGCUCCUACGCCAGCUCUUCCUGGGAUAUUUGAUAAAAUAAAUAAAGAAAUCCAGACACUUAAAAAUUAUUUGUCACAAUCAAAAAUGUUUUUAAAGGUGUAUGAUAUUAGAAGAGCACAAGAAAAUUUACAGUUAUUAGAGAAUGAAGCCUCUGAUCUAGAAAUGAAAUUGUUACCUAAAAAGAAGUUUGGUUUUAAAAAUCGAAGAGUUGUGAAAAAAACUUCUGACAAAACACACGAUAUGACAGAUGGUUUAAAAGAUUUGAAGAUAUCAGAGGGAAUUGUAAAUGGGUCUACAAAACAAAAUCAUAAAUUAUCAAGUAAAUACGGGGAUAGUGCAUGUAUGUUACUAGGGAAAGUUAAUGAACAAUUAAUUUUGGAUGCUGAAAAUGUGAAUAAAAAUGAUAUUCUACUUUCUGAUUUAAUCCACUGUACAGUACGAAUUUACGGCACACCUAGUACUUUACACAUGGUGAACUUGAAACAGUGUACCGUAUUAGUUGGACCAGUAACAUCAUCUGUAUUUGCACACGACUGUAAUGAAUGUGCAUUUGCCUUCGCGUGUCAACAGCUUCGACUUCAUUCUUCAACAGAUUGUACUAUUUAUUUACAUGUUACAAGUAGAUCAAUUAUAGAAGAUUGUACAAAAAUACGUGUAGCACCUUAUAAUUGGUCUUACGAAGAUCAAGCAAAUCAUUUUAAUCUAGCUGGGCUUGAUCCAAAAAUAAAUAACUGGAAUUGUGUCGAUGAUUUUAAUUGGUUAUCUAACGAAAAACAUUCGCCAAAUUGGAGCAUUCUAGAACCUGAAUUACGUGUAAAAAAUUGGAAUUAAUAAAUACAAAAAAAAAAAUGUCACAAUGUUUAUAACUCAGUUCUCAAAAUACCAUUUUUUAAAUAUUAGAUACUUAUUUUGUUAUAUAAAUUCUUUAUGUGCAUACUCCGCUUUUUCACAGAAACUGUACUCUAUGUAAGUGUUUUGUAUACUUACAGAAAGUUUAAUAAACUUACUGUUUGUGAAUUA